AAUUUUCCAUAGAGUAGCAUAUGAGCAGAGGCAUUUUUUAAUUUUACAUGUCAAACGGAAUGACUCUUGCAGGGCUUCCAGAGAAGGGAGAUUCAGUGUGAAUAGAUUUUGAGAUUGAAGGGCUCACAAACACUGCAUUUUUUCUUUAAUCUAGGCUCUGGGUGUUCUGCAAAAGUAAGGACGUUAUUUAAAUUUCAAAUAUUUGGAAGUCAUUUUCGGGAAUAUCCUGAACUUCCCUGUGCUGAACACUCACAGGAAUGAGAAAGCUUCAGACGAAAAGUAAUGAGGUUGUUUUUCCUGUAGCUGAAGUGUCUUCCCUAAUUUUGUCUACUUUCCUUAAUUUUGUUGAAUGCAGCUCCCUUGAAUCUUUGUUCCCUACUAUUGACUGGAGGGGAAGAAGAAACACAGCCAUAGAUUCACGUUAGGCAACCUAGCCCAUGCCUUCUUUACUUAUUCUCUCCAUUUAACACUGUGGUUAAACAUUAAGUAAAAGUGCUUCCAAGACAGGUUGUAGAAUGUCUUUUUUUCUGCCCAUCUUUUCCUCUUAUCACCCCAUGCUCUUGUCUGCUUAUUUCUGUCUGUAUCCUUAAUUCAUUCCAGCCAUUUAAAGUAGGAGCUGAAACAAGGAGAAGUUGGGCUCAGGAGAACCUGUAAAUUGGCACUGCUGCUUACAGAAGUGUACCCUUGAUGUUUUUUGAUAUUCUUUUUUUUUCCCUGCUAAAAACAUGUAAUACAGUGGUGGAGACUGGUAAAGAACAGCUGGUUUCUUCACUGGGCAAAGGCUAGAGAAUAAAAGACACAGAGAUAAUGCUGAGGUCCCCUAAUUAACAAUCUUUUAGAUGUUUCUCUUAACUCCUGCACAAGAUACCAAACUGUUACCUAUUUCUUAGAAGCAAGUGGUAUUACUAAGCAGUUUCUUCAAAUGCAGGCAGUAUGUAAUCUAUAAACAUAAAAACCUUUGAACUGAGUUUUAUAUCUCUGGAAAGAAUACUUCAUAUCUCAGCUAAGCUAUUACAGAGUCUGUUUAAUGGAGACAGACAAAGCAGAGACAUUUAAUGCCUUUCUUCUCUUCCAUCUUCAAUACUGAUGAUGGGCACCAGGACUCCUGGAGCUCUAAGUUGCAUGACUGUGACUACAGUAACAAUAAAUUCCCAGCCAAUCCCAAAUUUGUGUAGCAUUGGCUGUUUCAGCUCGAUGCAUGCAGUCUGUAGGGCCCAAUGGAAUUCAUUUCAGGAUACUCCAAGAGCUGGCUGAUGUCAUCACAAGAACUCCUUCAAUUAUUUUUCAAUAAUCCUGGGAAUCUGGGGAGAUCUCAGUCAACGGGAAGCUGGCAAAUGCUAUCCCAGUUUUCAAGAUCCAGAUAAUUACAGGUACAUCUACCUUUAUGGAAGCAUUAGCAGCCAAUGGUACAACCAACAUACAGACUUCUGUGACAGGAGUGACAGCCAGCAAGCGGAGGUUUAUUGACGACAGGAGAGAUCAACCUUUUGAUAAAAGGCUGCGGUUCAGUGUGAGACAAACAGAGAGUGCAUACCGGUACAGAGACAUUGUUGUCAGGAAACAAGAUGGAUUCACGCACAUCUUGCUAUCAACAAAAUCAUCUGAAAAUAAUUCACUAAAUCCAGAGGUAAUGAAGGAAGUCCAAAGUGCACUGAACACAGCAGCUGCAGAUGACAGCAAACUCGUGCUGUUCAGUGCAGUUGGUAGCAUUUUCUGCUGUGGUCUCGAUUUUAUUUAUUUUAUACGACGUUUAACAGAUGAUAGAAAAAAGGAAAGCACUAAGAUGGCAGAAGCUAUUAGGAAUUUUGUGAAUACUUUUAUUCAGUUUAAGAAGCCUAUCAUUGUAGCAGUAAAUGGCCCAGCCAUUGGACUUGGAGCAUCUAUAUUGCCUCUGUGUGACGUGGUUUGGGCUAAUGAGAAGGCUUGGUUUCAGACACCAUACACUACUUUUGGACAAAGUCCAGAUGGAUGUUCAUCCCUUACAUUCCCCCGGAUAAUGGGCCUGGCUUCUGCCAAUGAAAUGUUGUUCAGUGGAAGGAAGUUGACUGCGCAGGAAGCUUGUGCCAAAGGACUGGUCUCUCAAGUGUUUUGGCCAGGAACGUUCACACAAGAAGUAAUGGUUCGAAUUAAGGAACUGGUGACAUGUAAUUCAGUUGUACUUGAAGAAUCCAAAGCUCUAGUACGUAAUAUUAUGAAGGUGGACUUGGAGCAAGCAAAUGAAAAGGAGUGUGAAGUUUUGAAGAAAAUCUGGGGCUCAGCACAGGGGAUGGACUCAAUGUUAAAAUAUCUGCAAAGAAAAAUAGAUGAGUUCUGAUGAGGUGCCCAUUGACACUGGAAUUGUACUUCUUGGACAUCAGGGCAAACAGAAUAUGCCCAUUUUAAAACCUAUAUAAACUCACCCCUGGCUCAGCUUGGGAACAGUAGUAAAUCCCUCCUCCCCCCCCAGUUUUAUUGUCAAGGGGUAUGAAAGUACUGUAUCACUUAAAUUUGAACAAAACUCCUUUUUCCCUGAUUGUUGUGUGUGUAUAUGUGCACACGCAUAAAGUAUGUGUGUGUGCACAUAUACAUAGCUUUUAUGUAUACAGAAUGCAAUGUGUGACAGCAUGUACAUAGACACAUGCACACAGAAGGUAAACAAUGACAGAGUGCACUACCAACCACCUCCAUAAAGGCUCUAGUUUGGGUCAUUGUUGGCUAGUACUGUAUCAGACAGAGAAUGGAUUAUUUUCUGCGUGGCAGGGAAGUCUGGAAUAAUGCUUUUCUUUUAUCAUUAGAAUACAGAAUUGAAACGGGUAUUAGCCAGCCCUUACUUUCACUGCCCAACAAGUCAGCUAAGGUGUAAGGCACUGUCUCAGAAGGUUGACAUACCUCAAUGGAACAUCCUAACAUUUUUCAGAUGAACUCCUUAAAUCAAAAAUAUCACCCAAAAGAGAGCAUGCUCAGGAUUAAUGCUAGGGAAAUACUUUGCCCUUUUCAGGGGAGUGGCAUAGAGGGGUGGGAGGAAGAGAGCAGGAAUGCAUUUAAUUCUUACCCAGAUAACGUGAAGAAACCACUGUUUCAUGGGGAAGGGCAAUGAGGGGAAGCAGGGGGAAUGUGGAGGGGAAAGGAAAAAAAGACAAAAAAAGCUUGUUUUGCAGUAUUAGUGAAUCACUGAAUAUCUAUGUAUGAAUAUCCUAAGUUAUAAGUUAGUUUUAGUGGGUUUUCAAAUAGCCUUUUUUUUUUUUAAUAACUACAUAAGUGCUUCUGUUGCUGGGUGAGAAUACUACUUUAUAUACAGUUGUUUGGUUUUUAUUUCCUAUUUGCUGGUUUAAUUGAUGUAUUACACCAAAAAUGCAUUUUAUGUUCAUAAAUUUUAGGUUCACUUAGAAUAUAUUAUUUAAUAAGUUAAAAUUCUUUUGGCACACUAUUAAGUAAAAAAAAAACUUUUAAAAAAACUACCUUAUAUUAGAUGUUUAAUGUUCUUUGUCUACGCUUUUUUAUUAUUUUAAAUAUACACUAUAUACAGUAUGGUGUAAAAGAGUGCCCUGUGUAAAUAGACCUAUUUUGCAUUCCUUUCAGGAGUGGUUAUUGAUUCCUGACUGCAGAUAUCUAUUAUUAUUUGGGUAUCUGUGCUUGCAAUCUUAUUGAAUGUAUUAUGAAGAAUGGAAUAGAAAUCAAACCUUAUUUUUGUACAGUUUUGAAGUUUUUACUUGGAACUGACCCACCUCCCCUUCCCAGUGGAGAGCUGUACAGUGUGUAAAUCUGCCUUUACCUUGGAUUGGUACAGUAUUUUUGCAUCUGUGGGACCUACUUUUUUGUUCUAGUAGUUUGAACUAUAUAUAAACUGUACAAUCUGUAAAGUUUUUAUAGAAUAAAUAUUCAGCUGUGAAAACUGGUUAAAUAAAACUAAUAUUUCUUAACACAUUUUAAACGUGGUUCUCACACAGUUGUCUUCUUCAAAGGCAGUUCUGAUGUUAGAGGAAGUAUUGCUUAAAACUUGAAAACUAGUGACCUCAUUAUUCAUGUUUUACUCUGUCAGAUGUAAAUAAGCUCUUACUUAUUCCUUUCACAGAAUGGCCAGGGUUGGAAGGGACCUCAAGGAUCAUGAAUU